CUAGGGCUGAACGGGUUAAUUUUUGUGCUUCCCUCCCCAGCUCGCUGCGGACUCUGGCUGGGACAGAACAUCUGUCUGUUGCUAUGGCUGCAGUACACUUGAAGGGGAUGACUGGAUAAUUAUUGCAAACAUCCAUCCUGCCUGGUGUGCUCCCGGACCCUCCCUGCCCCAGCCAGGGCAGCGGCCGCUGCUCGGGCCCAACUUCCCUCACAGGGACCCUACCGAGGAAUGAAGCCCAAGUGGAGCUGGGACUGGGAUGAGGGCAGACCUCCACAGCCACUGGUCAGCAAACAGCACCAAGCUGGGACCCUCAGCCUUGCUCACUUUCACUCUGCAGGGAUCCAGCCAGCCCGACUGAAGAACUGCCUGACCCAGCGCAGCACAGGGCGUGUGCGGUGGGACGGGAGCUCACUCCAUUACGAGCCGCGGGUGACAGAACGGAGCAGGGAUGCUUGGGAAUGUGAGCUGAGCGGUGCUGUGUCCCUGUGGGCAGCCAUGGCCUCGGCCACCCAAUGUCUCCUGCCUGCACCCUGGCUGCAUCCUGCUCCUUAUCCACAUCCCAGCUGUCGAUGUGAAACAAAGCUGAGAGGUGGGGACAUGAUGGGGGUCAUGCACCGUCCUUUCUAUGCUGCUGCCAUGGACACCGGCUGCAAGAUUCCUGACCCACAAGCGAGCCUGGCAUCUUCUCCACAGUGGAUUCCUGACCCACAAGCAAGCCUGGCAUCUUCUCCACAGUGGAUUCCUGACCCGCAAACAAGCCUGGCAUCUUCUCCGCAGCAGAUUCCUGACCCACAAGUGAGCCUGGCAUCUUGUCCGCAGUGCCACGGCCACUUCCCGACAUGACCCAAUAGGGCUGAGUGGUGUCGCCCUGGCACUGGGAGGGUGAGAAAUAAUGGGAACAGGCAGCAGAAAAUGUAAAGCAGAAAAAAAUCGCUUUUGUCUUGAGAAAGCAGCAGCCAUUUGGACUGCUUCUUCCUCCCUGAAAUAGCUUUUCCUGCCACCCAAAAGGAGACAGAAUAUUCUGUAGAAUAUUAUUUCAGAGGUUUUCGGUUUUGUUUUUUCAUUUUCACAGUAAGGAUGUAAAAAAGCUUGAAAUGCUUGUGACUGACCUGAUAUGUGGGAAAAUAAAUAAAUCCAUUCCCAGGUUUGCCAGCAGGAUUCCCCAGUUCC